AUGGGGGUAAAGGAGAGUUAUUUUGGGGUUGGUGUGGUGGUGGGUUUUGUGUUGGAUUUUGGGAUUGUGGGGGGGGUUGGAAUAGAUUUUUGGUUGAAUUGUGUUGUUUUUGUAUGGUGGGGGAUUGGGGUGGUUUGGUUGGUGGGGGGGGGGGUUAGUUUUGAUGGUUAUGUGUGGAUUGGGGGGUUUUUGGGGAUAUGGGGUUGUGGGUGGGGGAUUUUGGAGGUGGUUGUGGGGGGGGUUGGUUUUGUUAUUUGGGGGGUGGGUUUUGGUGUUAGUUUGUGUGGGGGUUUUAAUGGUUUUGGUUGGAUUGUUGGUAGUAUAUUUGGUUUUUGUAUUGUUUUGUUUGGGUUUGGGGGGGGUUUAGUGAUGUGGGUUGGGGGGGUGAGUGGUUGUUUGGGGUGGUUGUUGUGGGGGGGGGGUGUGGUUGUUGGGUUUGUUUUUGGGGGGUUUGGGGGGUGUGGUGGGUUUUUUGGUUGUUUUGGUGUUUGUUGGGUGUGGGUUUUUGGGUUGGGGGGUUGUUUUGUGUAUUUUGGUGUGGUGUGUGGGUUGGUGUGGGUUUGUUUGGUGUUUUUGGUUAGGGGGUUGUUUGUUGGGGGGUGUAUGUUUGGUUUGGUGUUUGUUUAG